AUGGCUGUCCGCGCCCAGUUCGAGAACUCCAACGAGGUUGGAGUCUUCCACACUUACAAACUCUUACGCUUUGAUGUUAUCCCUAUCUGCAGAACCACCAUUGCCGGCACAAGGAUUAUCGGUCGCCUAACAGCUGGUAACCGCAAAGGUCUCCUCGUCCCUACUAGCACAAGCGACCAGGAACUGCAACAUCUGCGCAACUCCCUCCCCGACGACGUGCGCAUACAACGUAUCGAGGAGCGUCUCUCGGCCCUGGGCAACGUCAUUGUGUGCAACGACCACACGGCCCUCAUCCACCCGGACCUGGAGCGCGAGACCGAGGAGAUCAUCGCCGACGUGCUCGGCGUCGAGGUGUUCCGCCAAACCAUUGCCGACAACGUGCUGGUCGGCAGCUACAUGUCGCUCAGCAACCAGGGCGGCCUCGUGCACCCCAAGACGUCGAUCCAGGACCAGGACGAGCUCAGCUCCCUGCUCCAGGUACCGCUCGUGGCCGGUUCCGUCAACAGAGGCUCCAACGUCAUCGGCGGCGGCAUGGUGGUCAACGACUGGAUGGCCGUCACCGGUCUUGACACCACGGCGCCCGAGCUUAGUGUUAUCGAAAGCGUCUUCAGGUUAGGAGAGGGCGCCGCCCCUGGCCAGAUCAACUCCAGCCUCAAGGAUACCAUGGUCGAGUCUUUCUACUAA